CAACCACAGGUAUCACCGUAUUAGAUCUCGGAGUUGAGUUGAGAAGGAAAGGCUGAAGAACACAGAGAGAGAGAGAGAGAAGUGCAGAAAAAAUGAGACUGUUCGAUCCAUGGCCUGUUUUCUUCAAGAGAGAAUGGAAGCGGAAUUGGCCCUUCUUGGUUGGAUUCGCCAUCACCGGAACUCUCAUCACCAAACUUUCCCUUGGUCUCUCUGAGGAGGAAGCCAAAAAGUCGAAAUUCGUCCAGGCACACAAGAGGUAA